GAUAUUUAUUUCCCAUUUAAUAAAUGAAAACUUAGUAUACUACAAUCUUUAUCAAACAAUGAAACCCAUAUUCAAGAAACUGUCGUAAAAAUUGAGAAUUCUAUUUGUAAUUACUUUGGCGGGUUUUAUACAAACAAUAGUUUAAUGGCCGCAGAAGUGAAGGUUUCGGAUGGAGUACCAUUCAGAAUAUAGACGCUGUCAAAGUUGGUGUAUGAAUAUCUCAAGGCUGAAACCCUGAAAAUGUCUGCAGUUUGUUCUACACAGCAUAUAUACCUUAAAAAGGAGCAAACAGCAGUGCCAGAUAGUACAACUUCAGUAGAGAUGCUAGAAUUUUCAGUAGGAAAUGAGGUGCUGGUCAAACAGAAGGAUGACAGGUAUUACUUUGGGACAGUGGUUCAAGUGAAUGCCAUUAGAGAACAGUGUUUGGUGAAGUUUGGAGACAAUACCUACAAUUGGUCAGGUUUUAAAGAUCUCACCAAAUUGAGUACUCCAGAGCAGGAAGAUCUAUGUGUGGUGUGUAAGAAAUCUGCUCCCAAGAAUAGGCAGGAGAUUACUGUUUGUGAUCAGUGUGGAAGAGGAUAUCAUCAGAAGUGUCAUGUACCAGAGAUACCCAGCAGUUGUCAAAAGGAGGGUGCAACUUGGAUGUGUAAACGUUGUAUUGAUAGUGAACCACAGAGACUGAAAAAGAGUGAAGUGAGGCACCAAAGGAGAGAUUCCCUAAGGAGUGUAACUUCUUCCAUCAACCAUGAUAGUCAAGUGAUGCCUUCAUCUACCACAAUACGGAUAUUACCUUAUGAUUUAAAUUCAUUAAAUUGGGACACAUAUCAUAGAGUAAAUAGUGAACAAAUAUAUUGUUACUGUGGAACUAAUGGGGAAUGGUACAAACAGAUGCUUCAAUGUAGCAGGUGUAGGCAAUGGUUCCACGAAAAAUGUCUGGAUUGUCUACAAUAUCCUUUGUAUUGUGGUGAUAGGUUUUAUGUAUUUGUUUGUUCGAUAUGUAACCAUGGCCAGGAUUUUGUAAGGAGAUUAGAAAUGAAAUGGGUUGAUUUAGUGCAUUUAAUGCUUUUCAAUUUGACUGCCUAUAAUUCCAAAAAGUAUUAUGAUCUAGAUUCAGUUGUUAUUCCUUAUAUCAACGACAAUUGGCAUGCUCUUCAGCUACCACCAAAGGUAAGAACUGUAAUAUUAUCACAACCUUAA